CUCUCUCUCCAAACAACAAGCAGGGCUGUAAUAUUUGUUUUCUUUCAAAUAGUACAGUAGAUAUUGAGGUGCUUUGAUAUUUUUACAUAUAGGCAUGUCGCAAGGUAUCCUCCUGCUGAUGAUGCUUGCACUGUCUUCUCAUGUCAGUCGAUCAGAUGGUCUUUACUAUCUCAUCACGGCCAACGGGGUGGUGUACCAGACCUUCUGUGACAUGACCACAGCUGGUGGUGGAUGGACGCUGGUAGCCAGUGUGCAUGAGAACAACAUGAAUGGGAAGUGCACUGCAGGGGACAGGUGGUCAAGCCAACAGGGGAACAACGCUAACAACCCUGAUGGAGAUGGGACGUGGGCCAACCUGAAUACCUUUGGAAAUCCAGAAGGAGCGACAUCUGAUGACUUCAAGAAUCCUGGUUACUAUGACAUUGUGGGGGAGGACGUGUCUGUUUGGCAUGUACCAAAUGACACACCAGUGAAAAGGUGGAACUGUAAUUCAAUCCUGCAGUACCACACAGCGACCAAGUUUCUUACAGCCCAGGGGGGAAACCUCUUCCAGCUCUACAAGUACUGCAUUGGUGGUGGGGGCUACUUCCCACAAUCAAGUCCUCGCCAGUGUGGUGACUUCACAAGCUUUGACUGGGAUGGCGUUGGAACUCAUCACCGUUUCAGCGCAUCCAAAGAGAUAACCGAGGCAGCAGUCUUGAUCUUCUACCGCUGA